GGGCCGUGCCAGGACUGGGUACACAAGUGGUACUACAACACGUCAACACAGGCCUGUAAGAUAUUAUAAGUGGCUUUGUAUUGUUACCAUGAUGAUGUCUGACAGAGAGGUGCAAGGGCGUGGUGUCGCGUGGGCCGUGCCAGGACUGGGUACACAAGUGGUACUACAACACGUCAACACAGGCCUGUAAGAUAUUAUAAGUGGCUUUGUAUUGUUACCAUGAUGAUGUCUGACAGAGAGGUGCAAGGGCGUGGUGUCGCGUGGGCCGUGCCAGGACUGGGUACACAAGUGGUACUACAACACGUCAACACAGGCCUGUAAGAUAUUAUAAGUGGCUUUGUAUUGUUACCAUGAUGAUGUCUGACAGAGAGGUGCAAGGGCGUGGUGUCGCGUGGGCCGUGCCAGGACUGGGUACACAAGUGGUACUACAACACGUCAACACAGGCCUGUAAGAUAUUAUAAGUGGCUUUGUAUUGUUACCAUGAUGAUGUCUGACAGAGAGGUGCAAGGGCGUGGUGUCGCGUGGGCCGUGCCAGGACUGGGUACACAAGUGGUACUACAACACGUCAACACAGGCCUGUAAGAUAUUAUAAGUGGCUUUGUAUUGUUACCAUGAUGAUGUCUGACAGAGAGGUGCAAGGGCGUGGUGUCGCGUGGGCCGUGCCAGGACUGGGUACACAAGUGGUACUACAACACGUCAACACAGGCCUGUAAGAUAUUAUAAGUGGCUUUGUAUUGUUACCAUGAUGAUGUCUGACAGAGAGGUGCAAGGGCGUGGUGUCGCGUGGGCCGUGCCAGGACUGGGUACACAAGUGGUACUACAACACGUCAACACAGGCCUGUAAGAUAUUUGUGUACGGCGGCUGCAAGGGCGAGAAUGUGUUCGAUUCAGAGGCAGAGUGUCUCCACUACUGUAUCGGCGGUGACCAUACCCUUCCUCCCUACCUGAUGAUACCACCUGCGCCGCCGGACGAAUCGACGAGUGAGGCCCCACGAGUCACCUCUGCGCGGCCUCCGGUCCCACUCGAACAUCGAGGGAUCGAGCUGACCUUUGCGGAAACAGGGCACCACAAGGUGUUCAUGAUGGCGAAGAACAACGCGUUCAUUCAGCUCGAUGGCAAUCGCAUCCCCACGUUUCAACUGAGGUUGUGUCGUGAGAUAUCUUUCCAGUUCCGCACUCGCCUGCCGCACGGUCUGCUUGUCUACCACAGUGUUAAGGACCGGCCGGAAGGACUCGACCCUUACGCCCUCUACGUUAUUGUAGAAAAGGGUCAGCUCAAGGUCGUUCACGUGUUUGGGAAACAUUCUCUGUCUGUUAUAGUGGGAGAGGGACUGAACCGGGACACUUGGCACAGUGUGAUGGUGCGCAUAGAUGUGCAUGGCGCUCGUCUCAUAGCUAAGGUCGAUGACAAAACUGCCGAGGCUAGUAUACCAGGGUUGAAUGAGUCUACCAAUUAUGGCGUCACAUCGGAUCUCACAUCUGUUGUUCUUAUUGGAGGGCUAAGUCCAGAGGAGAAGUUGCAUGGAGUGAAGUAUAUCAUCGAGUCUUUUGUUGGUUGUAUCAAAGACAUGGUGCUGAGUGCAGGGAAGGCUGCCUCGGAUCUACUGCCUAUCAAGCCUCUCAUCGCAACCAAACAUGACAAUGUCCUUGAAGGUUGUCUGAACAAAUGUCGAACAAGAGAGAAUUUCUGCUUUGAGGGAAGCAAGUGUAUCAACCACUACAACGAACUGUCCUGUGACUGUUUCGGCACCAGCUAUGAGGGUGAACUCUGUGAUAUUUACACCGCUACUAUUUUAACUUUCCGUGGAUCCUCAUAUGUCUCAUAUCGUGUCUAUGACUGGAAAGACAGGGUUCAUUCUAGCAUCAACAAGAUAGGCCUGCACUUCAAGACACGGUUUGACGACUCGGCACUGUUCUACGCCAGUGGAGAGUCACCUGGUCACCAUCACAUCGCUGCGGCCAUCACCAACGGCUCUGUGACUGUGGAGGUAGACCUCGGAGGUGACCCUGUGGUGGUACGGCUCGGUAAGACAGUCAAUGAUAACCUCUGGCACAACCUCACUCUUUCCCACCACCACAACAACGUCACAGUUCACUUGGACCAGGUUGCAAGAGUGAUACAGAUUCAGAAUGGCCAACCUCAUCUAUACAUAGAUCCAGAGAUCUAUAUCGGGGGUGGGCCGGACCUGCAACAGAAAAAAGGGCUUGCGUCACACAACAAUUUUGUCGGCUCCCUAAAAUAUGUCUAUUUUAAUGAGAUCUCCAUUCUGUAUGAGCUGAAGAAAGGCAACCCUAAGGUCCAUUACAUAGGAGUGCUUGAUCCAAUGUUUUUUGAGUACGACAUCAAGGUUAUCCCCAUCACGUUCCCGUUCUCGGUGGCCCACGUCUGGUGGCCGAUAACCACCCCCGAGUACCUGCACCUGUGUUUCGAGUUCAAGAGCAGUCGCAGCAUGGCCAUACUGGCCACUGCCGAGGUGGUGUCCUCUCUGGGUCUGGGCCAGUGGGAGUUGAGAAUGGUAAACGAAGAGAUUCGUUUUGAAGUGAUACCCGAGCAGAACAAGAACAUCACACAUCUGACUACCGUCAAGUUUGACUCCAAGGAUGAAUGGCACACUAUAGAGCUAACCUACAAUGACGGAGAGGUGAAUCUGAUUGUGGACUCCAAAAGUAAGACAGCUGACCUGUUUGGGCUGCAGUUCAAACUGAGUGAUGUUAUCACCAUCGGCAGUGGAGUAGGACCCAAGUCUAGCCUGGGAUUGGUGGGAUGUAUGCAGAAGAUCUCGGUGAAUGGCUUCUUGAUAGAGCCUCGCUAUGUGACUCGCACAAAGCAUACUUUCGGUCACGUGUCACUGGACAAUUGUGAGUUGGUGGAUCCCUGCAAGAGCCCUAAUGCUUGCGAGCACGGAGGCAUCUGCUCCGUGAAGGAGGAUCAUCUCUCUUGUGAUUGUAAAGAGACUGGAUAUAUAGGGAAGAAUUGCCAUUUUGCCAAAUUCCGCAAGACGUGUGAGGAGCUGGCACUGCUGGGCUACACCAAGCCUGACGUGUACUUGAUCGACAUUGACGGUAAUGGCAGGUUUCCUCCAGCCCACGUCAAGUGUGAGUUCCAGUCUCUGGAGGACUCGACGAAGACCAUCGUCGAGCACAAUCUUCCCAGCCAAGUUGAUGUGAGGAGCUCUGCAGAGACUGAUUUUAGUUUUGACAUUUCUUACCGAGAGUUCAACUCGGCAAUGUUGACAGAACUCAUCUCACAUUCACUGUACUGCAGCCAGUACAUCAAGUACGAUUGCUACAAGGCCCCUCUAGAGCUGCAUUCGGCCACGUGGUUCAUCUCUGCUGCUCACAACGGAACCGUUGACUACCUUGGCAACGUUAAGCGUGGCUCCUGCCCUUGUGCAGUGAACCGCUCUUGUGUGAAUGCUGAACAGUCCUGCAAUUGUGACAUCUCUGAGGCCAAGUGGCUCUCUGACGAAGGUUACUACAUCUCUCCUGAUUCUCUUGGCAUCACCAAAAUGGUGUUCCUUCAGCAGAAAGAUCUAGACGAGGAUGCUCUUGGUAGAAUUACACUUGGACCUCUGGAAUGUGUUGAAACCAAUACACAGAAAUAUGUAGUUACAUUCACUUCCAGCCAAUCAUACAUAGAAGUGCCUGGCUGGACCAAGGGAGACAUAGCCUUCAGUUUUCGUACAACAGGAGAGAAGGCCAUCCUUCUCUACCAGCCCCCUAUCCGACCUCAUCAGCCCUCCUUCAUGGUGGCUCUGACUAGUGAGUUCCACCUGACAUUCAACUUCACAAUGAAUACUGGCAAGCCGCGAGCUCUCGCUAUCAAGUCGUCCCGUCGCCUCAACUCGGGAGAAUGGCAGAAGAUCUGGAUAGACUACAACCAGCAUCACGUGCGUUUCAUGAUCAACACAGACUACCAGAUGGUGGACUUGCUGCCUGAGGAGGAGUUUGGACCCUUUGAGGGCAGUAUGUUCAUUGGCGGAGCUACUGAAGACCUGCUGGUGGGCCAGUCAGUUCACAAAGGGUUAAUUGGCUGUUUCCGUGGAUUGGUGGUGAACGGGGAGAUCCUCGACAUCUAUUCUUACAUGAGUGUUCACCUGUCAGAGAUAAUCAAGGACUGCAAGCCCUCCUGUGAUCCUAACCCCUGCAAGAAUGGAGCUAGGUGCAAGGAACUGUGGAGUACCUUUGAGUGUGUAUGUGACAACCCCUGGGCCUACAUCGGCACAUACUGUGAAACCAACAUAAACGAGAAUGGAAUCACACUGGUGACGAGAGAGUCAUACUUCAAGAAGAAUUAUUUGUUCAAUGUGACAAGUGAGGAGAAGAGGAACUACAAGGCCUUGCUGACGGAGACGGUUCUGGUGAAUCUGAGGACUUACGAUCAACAUUCACUGAUUCUUCAUGCCAACGAUCAUCUCAACAACUUCCUCCAGCUGUACAUCACUGCGGGGACUAAAGUAGUGCUACUCUUCAACCGCAUGGAGGUUAUCCAUAACAUCACCGUUGAGUAUGGAGGACUGAACAGCGGUAAGUCUGUACAGAUCGCUGUAGAGAGGAGAGCAGAGGAGACGAUCUUACACGUCAACGAUCACAACAGUUCUGUACCAGUCGGAGUGCGACUGCUCACAGAGUACUCUAACAAGCCUUGGAACAAUUCGGAGAAAGAGGUGUUGGCCCCUCAGAGGCCCCCGGCACCUCCAACAGACUACUUCCAAGUGAAUCUUGGAGGCUAUGACCGUGAGAACUUACUUCAUGUGAAUUCUGGGGCUCCCGUUCUGGAUGGUUACAUUGGCUGUAUACGUGGACUCAAAAUAGGAAAUAUUCUCAUGGACUUGUCCCACCAGCUUGAUAUAAAUGACAGUGCAGGCAUUAUUGCUGGAUGUCACAUGCGUUGUGAUGAGGUACCUUGCAAAAAUCAGGGAAUCUGUAUUGAGGACUUUCAGAAGAAUGAGAGCUCUUGUGACUGCGAGUUUACCUCCUACUACGGCGAGUUUUGUGGACAAGAAAAGGGAGCGGACUUCAGCGGAGAGUCAGUUCUGCAGAGGAAGUUCCCGCUGGAAGGUCCAGUGACUCAGAUCAAGGUCCAGUUGGCGUUCUCCAGCGGAGACGACCGCCAGCGAAACACUGUAGUGCUGCUGCUGCAGACAGAGAACAAGCGCAGCUACUACCUCCUUGUUGCUUUGAGCUCUGAAGGGGAGUUGAUAUUUGAGGAGGACAGAGAAGGUUCUGCCUAUGGAGCUCGAAUUAAGGACCGGUACUUCCUCAAUGGUGCUAGGCAUUCCAUCUACUAUCUUCGCAACAAUGAUUCUGCAAUGCUGCGGGUGGACCGAGAAACAGUUCCUCUGGUGGCCAUCCCAGUCCUGAGUCUAACAGAGGUUCCUGAGGGUCAUCUCGGAGCCAAUGAGGUUCAGAUCGGAGGCCUGAACACCAGUGACCCCCGUUUCGCUGCCUACAAGAGCUACAGUGGCUGUCUGUCAAAUGUAUUCUUGGAGGUUAACAAGUACAGUAUGAAACCCCUGGACGAGUACAUGCUGUUUACUAAAACAGGUAGCGAGGAGGUGAACGUAAUGAAUUCACACGGCAUCAGAAGUGCUCAGUGUGCUUUCUUCGAUGUCACCCACAAACCGAGGCCUGGCCCUUCGCUCAACAUCAGUCUGGGCAAAGAUGCUAUAUUGACUUGGGUGGUGGACCCUCCAAAGAGGACCGACUACAAGUCUACGUACUCGGAUAUUUCCACAGAGGAAAACGAAACAGGCAAAAUUCUCUUCAUCAUUGCAACUUCCUUAUUCUGUAUAAUAAUCCUGGGCACUCUGUACCAUGUGUGGAGUAACCACCUCCAGUGGAAGAAGCGAAGAGAGCGACGUGCGGCUCAGGCCAUCAAGUGGCACAAUGGCCAGCAGAUACCGCCUGGUUUCACGGAUCCGGUUCAGGUCAAAGUGGUCAGGUCUCGCAGUGUUCCACAACCAGUAGAAGAGAGCAAAGUGUUGAUUGGCAACGGAACAGAGCUGAGGCCAGUCAUCAAGCCAGUGGGAGUUCGGCAACGCUUGCGAGACAGCGAGCGCCAUCUGGCAACCCCCAUCAGAGAAGAGAAAUCAGCUGGUGAAGAGAGCGAAGAUGAAAACCACAAGUUAAUAAAUCCACCCCCACCAAAAAUAAUUGUGGAGGAACUUGAUGAUAAACUGGCUGUGGAGGAGGAGGAGGAGGAAGAAGAGGCAGUGGACAUCCCUGCGGACAAGAUACCGGAAGGGGAUGAUGAGAAGAGUGGGGAAGAGGAGAAAGAGAAGGAAGAAGAGCCCAUGGUCAUCACACAAGUAGACUCUACCAACAAGGACAAGGAACUGGACGAGCGACUCUUAGGCAACCCGGACUUCCUACUUUUUCCAGCCUUGAACGAGUCAAAGGUUGCUAUAUUUCCAACAAUAUUUGAAGCUGAUGAGCCUGAUGAAAAAGAACCGGAAACCAAACCUAUGUACCGCCCCUUGAGGAAUCUGUUCCCAGUUACCAAUAUCUCCCCAGUUUUUCUGUCUGAGGACCAGAGGACAUUCCUGAAUCCCAUCAGUUACCUGGGAGGUCCACGGUUCCCUGCAGACAAAGGGAACACAGCGAGCCGAAGCAAGGAAUCGUUGAUCUCCCUGGACUGAGAGUCUGCGUUCAGUGUAAAUAGGAACUGUGUACAUAAAUAGUCGUCCUGUUCUCAUUCCGAUGGCAUUGAAAUGUUCAGACAAUGUAUUUGCUGUUAUAGUUUUAUUUUAUUUAUUUACAUAAUAGUCAGACAAAGUAUUAUUAGAUGUAGAUCGAAUAUGUUUUAAAUAAUUCGAUAUUUUUUACCCUUGUAGGGUUGUUGCACAAUUUAUAAACUAUGUAACGUGUUCAAAAUGUAAUUCAUUAAACAGAUUGUGAAUAGUUUUAAUUCUUGUUUAACUUUGAAUAAGAAAUAUAUUAAAUACAAAUUUUAAUUUUUUACAAAUUUGCUGUAAUUGUUCUAAAAUGUUCUAAGAUUAACUUAACUUUUAGCUUUAAAAUCUCAAAGUAGAACUACUUUAAAAAAGAAAGAGUUACCUAGUUGUUUAAAUAGCUCAGGAAAGAAACUUCAAUGACAACGUUACAUUAAACUCUUUUUUAGUUACAUAUUGGACUGAAUUAAGUUUUAUGUAUAUUUUUUGUUAAAUUGUAGUACCGUAUUUAAUUUACAUUACAUUAAUAUAGUGAUCCAUUGCUCAGGCAGAGUUUAAUGUUUUAAAACUAAAAUAGUACAAAAACUGUUGGUUAAAAUUGAUGGGUUUAAAAAAUAAUAGAAAUAACUUAUAGAAAAAUACUGAUCCAUUACUUUUCACAUUUUUAAAGAAACACAUUUUUGGACUGAUAAUGCAAUAUGUAGCAAAAACAAACACAAAGAAAAUAAAUUAUUAAAUGUUUUUCUGAUUAUUUUCUCUGGAAAUGAGGUUAAUACACCAUAAGAAGAUCAGUGUAUUAGAUCUAUCUAUUACCUGCGGCGCUGAUCUUCAAGGUGCUUGUUCUCAUGAAAAGAUAAAUGGAUGAUAAAUUUAAGAUGUUUGGGGUAUUAUCAAAUUGAUUUUAGCAAAAUGCUGUGGUGAGAUCUUGAGUUUGUUUUGCCGCAUGUGAACAAACAUUGUUGUGUAGCAAAACAUGUUUCUCGAUAACUUAAAUAUUUAAUAAAAAUGUCAUAGAGAAGGCUACUUGAAACUUGAGAAAACUCCCCUGAUAAUGAAAAAAGAAGAAAUUGAGAAAUGUCGGUUUAUUUUCACUUUAUCAUUCACGUUCUGCACCAAAUCUUUGGUGAUCAUUGAGUAUCGUCCUUCCGUUUCUCAUCAUGAAAAUUCUAUUGGCCAUCUUCUCGUGGUCUUACCCAUUUAAAUGUGAUUUCUUUACUCAUAAUGUUUUGUCCGUACACUUCACAAUUCUGACUAUAAAUUUCAACUGCUUUCACACCUUUAGCUCAAAGAAAAGAAGUAACAGCUGUACUUCACAGUCUGCAGGACUCUUGAUUGGUGGUGGCAUUGAAAUAUGCAUUAACUGAUGUAAAACAAUGGAGUGUGCAGUGGAGGAAUUUCAGAACGGAAACUACUCACAAACACGCUUUGUUUAUUGUAUGGCAAUCAGGCCUGUACUCUAACCGGUUUUCUCAGACAAUUUUACUGGGACUCGAGCUCUCAAAGAACCACAUGUCUAUUUGAAGGGACCGUGUCAAUGGACGAGAUAGCUAAAUCUAAUAACUGUAACGCUAUUAUAGGCUAAAUUUGUAAUAUCGUUUAUUACAUGUUCGAAGAAACUGUGACUAUUACUUUAAAAAUCAUUGCAAUCAAGUACAAACUCUGAGUAUUGACUUUCUGUAUUCAAUUUAUUCGUUGCCCUGCGACCUCUGCAUUUGUGUGGUGGCGGUGGUUGGCUGGAGGAGUAGCGAGUCGGAGGGUGAAGCGAUGUGACAGGGGCGGGUUGGCGGGGCUCGGCCGUAUAUAUUUUCCGAGUAACUCUGCUCUGUUAAUAAAUCUGGGUACGACCUUGAUGGCAAUUAACAAAAUUACAAUCGUAAAAAUUGAACAGUUGGAGUGAAGUGUCUAUAAAUAAAAUUAGUAGAUAAUGGAUUAUCUAAAUUUUUGUAGAAUAAAUUGAUAUUGAUAAAUCUAAAAUUUGUGCCACAUGGUAGAUGGUAGAUGCCAGAAACUAGGAGUCCCUGUAACUAAACACUAGUGUUGACGUUUAAAUGAGGCCUCCGAUGGUAUUUUUGUUUCAACUGUACGAUCAAGUUGUAUUAAUUUCUAAGACCAAAGGACAAAGGAAUCUGUAAUCACACAGAAGCAGAAUUUUCUUUAGUACUAAGCUUGCAGUAAUUAGUAAGUUCAAAUAACAUUUUUCAGGUUGAAUACAUAAAAAGAAUGUUUUUUUUGUGAUUGAACAGUACAAGAGUGUCAUUUUGUUGUUUUCUUUUCUUCAAAUUAUAAGUUUGGCUUGCUUUCUUUUAUUUUGUUGUUGGGUUUUUGGAUACUUCUCUUCAACAUCAAUCUUUUUCCCUUUUCAUUUCUUUCUCAGCAUCUGUUUUGAUAGCUACUGUGUGUACUAACUUCAAUAACAUUUGUCUUUGUAUUUGCUCUUUUUUGCAAUGGGAAUUUACCAUACCUUCAAGACAGUUUAACAUUGGAACUGUUUACUUUAUUUUGAAUGCCAUUUUAGUUAUAUAAUAAGUGUUUAUGACUUAUUACCAAACUAAAACUUCCAUAAUAAAACCCAAAUGUGUAUGAAACAUGAUAAGCACAGAAAGUGUUUCCUUAUUUACAAAUGUUACAAUUAAUAUUUUUGAAAAAAUAAUAUAUAUAUUUAUUUGAUUCUUUUUAAUUGAUAAUUUUAAUUAUUAAUUACAAAGCAUUGUAUAUUAUUCCAGAGUAUAUAAAAUGUUGUAAUAAAUCUCUUAUCUACUGUAGGUGCCUUUACCACGACCUACACAAGAAUGAUGUUGUAGUGUAUGAACUUUUAAUCAUGUAUUUACCAAUGUAAUUAGUCAUUAAAGUUAUUGAAAUAAAUUAGUUAAAGACAAGUUAAGAUAAUAGUUUUAAAAUAGGUGUUAUUUGUAGUUCAAAAAUAAAUAUAGUGCCAUUAUAAUUAUAAUAAUUUAGUGCAAUUUGUUUAAAUUAAUAUGUAGUUGUAAGAGUUUGCCCUGAAUGUAAAAACAUUACACGUGUUUUUUAACAAUUAGUAUUUAAGGUUUAAUAAAUAUAAUACAAAAGAAAGUA